AUGUCUGUUCGAGGAAGAGUUGCAAUUGUUACUGGCGCUGGCGGAGGCUUGGGUCGCCUUUACGCAUUGGAAUUGGCAAAGAGAGGGGCCAAGGUAGUCGUCAACGACUAUGGCGGGACCCUAGAUGGACAACCGGGAACAAGUGCUCGCGCACAAGCGGUGGUUGAAGAAAUCAAAGCUGCUGGGGGCAUUGCGAUCGCAGAUGGCCAUGACGUUUCUUCCGUGGCUGCAGCCAAAGUAAUUGUGGCCGACACCGUCAAGGAGUUUGGCACUGUCGACAUUCUGAUAAACAACGCUGGGAUCGCUGGCAAAAUGUCACCACAUGAUGACGUAGACGCCGGCGCUUUCAUGAGAGUGCUUGAAAUAGCAACUCUUGGGACGACAUUGAUGACCAGUGCAUGCUACUCUUGGAUGGCGAGGCAGAAGUAUGGCCGAAUCAUCAAUACCUCCUCGAACGCCAUCUACGGGUUUGGCGCGGGAGGAGACUGUGCUUAUAGUGCCUCGAAGGCUGCUGUAUUUGCCAUUACGCGAGAACUUGGUCGCUGGGCACCACGAGAUGGCAUCAAGAUCAACUGCGUCAUGCCAUCGGCCGCCUCUAGGAUGGGAGAUCUGUCUGAGGGUACAAAAAAGGUUACAAGGACUUAUUUCCAGCCGGAGGGGGUUGUUCCCUUCGUCAUCAGCCUCGCCUCGGAAGAGUGCCCAUCGUCGGGUGAGGUGUUCACAGCGAGCGCAAACAGGGCUGCCCGGGAAACACUCGCAACGUUCCCCGGGGUCAAAUCCGAAACGGCAGAGGGAUUUCUGGAGAAUUGGGAUAAAGUCAUGGGUCGAGGUGAAGAACCGUAUCUGGCGGAGGACACCCUGGAUCAUGUGAAAUAUGUCAUCCGCCAGGCUCAUGGCGUGGAGAUGGAGGAUAUCGCGGACUUUAGCAUCGUUUCUCGAUAG